AGCCUCACCAGCCCGCUCUCCCUUGCCCCAUACAUCUGAUUGCCUUGGCAUCUCCGCCUGCUGCAGCUUCCCUUCGCUUAUACGAUUUAAUACCUCCCCACAAGUUACACUCGCUGCAAGAUGCCUUCCCUCAAGCAGACCCUGACCUGGGCCGUGGCCGCCGCCGCUCUGGCCAUCGCCACCCCCGUCGACACCAAGGUCGGCACCCUCUCCCUUAACCAGGAGCCCAACCCGAAAUUUGAAGGAAAGUCGGGUCUCCACGCCAUGGUCAAGGUCUUCCGCAAGUAUGGAAAGCCGCUCCCUGAGACCCUCGCGGCUGCUCUGGCCAACGCCACCGCUUCCGUCACCCGCCGCGACGGCAGCGCUGUCACCACCCCCGAGGCCCAAGACACCGAGUACCUCACUCCCGUUCAGAUCGGUACCCCUCCCGUCACCCUUAACCUCGACUUCGACACAGGCUCUUCGGACCUGUGGGUCUUCAGCUCCGAUCUGUCUGCCAGCCUCCGCUCCGGUCACUCUUUCUACACCCCCAGCAAGAGCAGCACCUCCUCCAAGCAAUCUGGCCAGACCUGGAGCAUCAAGUACGGUGACGGCAGCGGCGCCUCUGGUAACGUCUACAGCGACGUUGUCAGCAUCGGCGGCGUCAAGUUCGCCAGCCAGGCCGUCGAGACUGCCUCCAAGAUCUCGACCCAGUUCACCCAGGACACCGACAACGACGGUCUGGUCGGCCUUGCCUUCAGCUCCAUCAACACCGUCUCGCCGAAGAAGCAAAAGACCUUCUUCGACAACGUCAAGAACAGCCUGACCAAGCCCAUAAUCGGUGUUAACCUGAAGGCCGGCGCCCCCGGCUCGUACGACUUUGGCUUUGCCAAUACCAACAGCUACACCGGUUCCAUCGCCUACGUCCCCGUCGACAGCUCGCAAGGCUUCUGGUCCUUCACCGCCAGCGGAUACUCCAUCGGCAGCAGCUCCAGCCGCACCCAGCUCACCGGCAUUGCCGACACCGGCACCACCCUUCUCCUCCUUCCCCCCUCCGUCGUCAAUGCCUACUACAAGCAGGUCCGUGGCGCCGUUAACGACAACAGCGCUGGCGGUUUCGUUUUCGACUGCAACGCCAACCUUCCCACCUUUUCGUUUAACGUUGGUAGCAACACCAUCACCAUCCCCGGCAGCAUCAUGAACUUCGCACCCGUUGGCGACGGCUCCAACAACUGCUUCGGCGGUCUUCAGGUCGACACUGGCAUCGGUCUGUCCAUCUUUGGUGACAUUGCCCUCAAGGCUGCCUACGUUGUCUUUGACAACUCUCCCUCGCCCCGCCUGGGCUGGGCCAACAAGAACCUGUAA